AAGGGGAAAAGGAAACGGCUCAGUUUGCAAACACGGUGACGCCUAAAGACCUUUAACUCAGUGAACUCUAAACGCCGAGCACACAGAAUACACCAGUCCAGCAGAGACACUAAAACAUGUUUACUGUGGGCGCUUCGCUCUAGUGCUUUUAUGGGACAGGAGUUUCUGGACACAAGCGUGUCUUUCAGGAAGUUAUGAGAGCUGUUUUUUCCAGGUGACAUGGAGCCACGACUACAGCGAUUGGUCAGGACUGUCCUGCUUCUGCACAUCUGCUGGCUCUGGAGAGGCCAGUGUUUGACCGUCCGCUUCACAAACCAGCAGGCGCUGUAUGUAAUCAAAGGCCAGGAUCUGAUCCUACAAGCACAAAUCGAGCUGCUGGAUAGUGAACAUGUUGUUAAUGUGACAUGGGACCACGUUGCAAAGACUUCUGGGACGAGUUCAACGUUGGCUGAGUUUCCUCAUAAAGUCUCAGAUGGGAGAGUAACACUGGAACAACAGGGAGCCACACUGAAGAUCAGAGAUUAUCAAGCAGCAGACGCCGGCGUCUACACGGUCACAGUUACAGACCAGUCAGGACAGAGACAAUCCGCACAGCGAACCGUUCAAGAGUAUCUGGCGGUGCAUCACGUGUCGGUGAUGGUGAAUGUGUCUCACUCGGUUCUUCACUGUAUGGAGGCGUGGGGAACUGAACCCACCUUCACUUGGCUGCAGGAGAAAGUGGUCGUGACGGAGAAAGUGGGUCGUGUUUCGGCAGAUGGGACGUCUCUGUAUGUCUCCGGCGCCUUCUGCGGACACUUCACCUGCAUAGUGAGCAACAAACUGGGACACAGUUCAGCCACAUACACCGCAGAGGCGUGUGAAAGCCCAAACAGGAGCACGACUGCUGUCGUUGUGUUUCUGCUGCUGAUACUGACGCUCGUAGCUGCAUGUCUGGCCUUUAUACUGUGGAGGAAACACGGGCGUCGUUUUAACAGAAGGGAGAGACUGAGAGAGACGUAUGAAGAGCCUCUGUGAGCUGAUGGACUGCCAGUCGCUUGAAGCUUUCAGCACACCUUGUUUUUUUUACUUUAUUGAUUAAUGUAUUAUAGACUUUUGGUAUGGUAUUAAGACUUCCUGGAAAGAUAUUUAUGCAUAUACAUUUAACCAAGUUAGACUAGCAUCAUCAGGAGGUUUAGUUAAUGCAAUCCUUUCUGAAAUACUUGAUUCUGAUUGGUCAGUUGUGACAUUCUGACGUUAAUAUGACAGCCACUCAACUACUAAUUGUCCAUUGUCCCAUAUCAAUAAAUUGACAUUUGACUAAUUGAGUAAUUUUGUGUUUUUUAUAUAUUUAUAUAUAUAUAGUCUGAUCAAAUUGAUAGGUAUUUAAUUUAUUUGCCAAAAAAAAUAAAUAGAAAAACUCAUUAUCAAGGAGUCUACACAUAAUAAUUUCUUCAUUUUCUGCCCCCAAUUUUGUCCCACAUUUUAGUUUAAUCCGCCCAUAAAUGUCACACAUAACAGUGACUGGUCACUUUGUCAAUUAGACUGUCUAAGUUUCCAGUUUUGACCACAAUAAUAAAAUUCAUUUUAUUCAAGAAUAAAUUAAAAACAGAAAUAAAAAUUAAAACUGAAAAUAUAAAAAAGCUAAUUCACAAAAUUCAAUAAAUACAACAAUAUACACAUUUCAGAUAAAUCCACCCUUAAACCGCUCAACAGUGACUGAUCACUUUGUCAAUUAGACACAUAUAAAUUCACACGUAUACAAAUUCAAAAAUAAGGCUAAAUAAAAAUAUUUUUGAAAAAUUAGAAAAGCAUACUUUUAUAAAGCAUUUAUAGAAAGGCUUUGAGUGAAGUGUUAAAAGUGUUUCUUUGGCAUCUAACUCAAUUACAAUCAAUUGAAGUGAUAAAACUACUAAAACAAAAACUGAAAUAAAAAUAAAUGAACAUAUAUAUAUAUAAUUUCAUCUUGGAUAUCAUAAAUCUGAAAUAAAAUAUAACUAUUAGAUUAAAAUUUAUUUUUGAAAAAUUAGAAAAGCAUUAAAAAAAUAAAUAAAAAAAUUAAACUGGAAAUGGCUAAUUCAAAAUAUCAAUAUAAAUCGGCCCCUAAAGAGCACAUAUGUGGCCCUGGACCACAAAACCAGUCUUAAGUCGCUGGGGUAUAUUUGUAGCAAUAGCCAAAAAUACAUUGUAUGGGUCAAAAUUAUCAAUUUUUCUUUUAUGCCAAAAAUCAUUAGGAUAUUAAGUAAAGAUCAUGUUCUAUGAAGAUAUUUUGUAAAUUUCUUACCGUAAAUGUAUCUCAACUUCAUUUUUGAUUAGUAAUAUGCAUUGCUAAGAACUUCAUUUGGACAACUUUAAAGUCGAUUUUCUCAAUAUUUAGAUUUUUUUGCACCCUCAGAUUCCAGAUUUUCAAAUAGUUGUAUCUCAGCCAAAUAUUGCCCGAUCCUAACAAACCAUACAUCAAUGGAAAGCUUAUUUAUUCAGCUUUCAUAUAAUGUAUAAAUCUCAAUUUCGAAAAUUUGACACUUAAGACUGGUUUUGUCGUCCAGGGUCACAUAUAACAGUGACUGUUCACUUUAUGCCAAUUAGACGGUCGCCAGUUUUGACCACAAUAACCUGGAAUGCGGACUAGACUUCAUGCCACAAGUCUUUGAUAUUUCAUAACAGAUGACAAGUGUGUGAGUUCUUCUGGACAGUAAUCAGUCUAAACUCCAUCAGCAUGACAUUAGCAUAAUGAGCUCUUUUGUAUUCCAUAAUUACGAAGUCAAAAUUCGGCAUGUUCACAAAUGGGCAAGACGUGUAAAGAAUCGCGAUUUUAGAUCAGUGUUCUCUAACAUUCCCUCAUUCCUGCUCUUAAUGAUCGGCUUUCAUCUCAUCUCUUGUUCUCGUCCUGUAUCCGCCGUGUCACUACUGUACAGUUCAUGUUCUUCAGAUAGAAAGCUGUAGUACAUUCACGGCUCUUUUCUCAGCGCACAAUAGCUUAUUGCCAACAUGAAGAGCUUAAAAUGUCAGAGUCCCGGAGGAGCGUUAAUCUAGCUCCAGAGAGACAAAGGAGCUUCCAAAAUGUGUAUUCAGCCAAUCAGCGGUAUAGAAUCGGAUUCGGAAACCAUCUAAGUUCAGCCUGAUGUGGCUUUCAUGAGGCGCUGAGGUGAGUUAAGAUUAGAGAGUAUCGCGAUUCAUCACAGCACACAUUACAGGCCUUAAAGGGACACUGGCCAAAUAUGAAUAAGCCACUUCUUCACAAGUCUCUGGGUCACUUUAUCCAUCACUGCGACAGGAUUUUAAUAUCUGCUGCUAAAGUUCAGACUAUUUCAGAGUGAUUUAUACGUCAUCUCAUAUUUCAUAAGAGUUCGAUUUGUGUGGUCUUGUCAACUAAAACCAUUAAAUAAAGCUGAAAUCAAAUAAAAUAUUGGACAUCCUAAAUGCAAAUCGAGUAACACUUGCAAUGCACUAUACAUGCAUCAUGCGUUUUCAUUAUUAAUUGUAACCAAAGUUAAAAUGCAUUAUAUUUGCGUAUUCCUUGCUGCAUGUGAAACUGGUUGUCUGUCAUGUUUUAAUGCAUUGUACUUUAUAAAUGUGUUCAUGAAGAGAUGAGUAUGUGGUUACAGUUAUUCAUGAGAUCAUAUUAUACAUUGCAUACCUUACAUUAUAAGGUGCAUUACAAGACAAAAUUAAUGCAUUUAAAAUACUUUCAUAAUGCAUUAUAUAGAAAGGCUUUGAGUAAAUUGUUAGAAAUGUUGCUUUGGCAUCUAACUCAAAUACAACAAGUUGAAGUGAUAAAAUUACUUAAAUUAAUUAACUGAAUGAAUAAGCCAUAUCUCAUAUCAUCUAUAACUGCAACGGCAUUUUAAUAUCUGCUGCUGAAGUUCAUACUAUUUCUCAGUAUCUUGUGUGAUUUACUGUAUGCAUCAUUUCAUCUCAACAAUCUUUAAUAAAUUAUAAAUAUUAGAUUAAAAUUUGAAAACAAACAAAUUAGAAAUAGUGCCUUGGCAACUAACUCCAAUACAAUAAGAUGAAGUGCUAAAAUUACUAAAACUAAAAGUAUAAACAUUUAUAUACUAGAAAUAUAGCUGAAAUAAAAUGAAACGUAAAUAUUACAAGAAGAAAUUAGAUUUUUUUCUAAUUAGAAAAACUGCUGCAUAGGUAAACUCAAAACAAGUUAAAGUGCUAAAAAUUACUAAAAUUAAAAUAAAAACAAAGCUGAAUAGAAAUUAUAUGCAAUUUAAAAUGUAUAUUUUAUGAAAAAACAAAAACAAACCAAAAAAAAGUUAAAAUUCAGAAUGUGUGACCCUGGAUGACAAAACCAGUCUUAAGUGUCAAUUUUUCAAAAUUGAGAUUUAUACAUCUUCUGAAAGCUGGAUGAAUAAGCUUUCCAUUGAUGAAUGGUUUAUUAGGACAAUAUUUGGCCGAGAUACAACUAUUUGAAAAUCUGCAAUCUGAGGGUGCAAAAAAAUCUAAAUAUUGAGAAAAUCGUCUUUAAAGUUGUCCAAAUGAAGUUCUUAGCAAUGCAUAUUACUAAUCAAAAAUUAAGUUGAUACAUUUACGGUAAUAAAUUUACAAAAUAUCUUCAUGGAACAUGAUCUUUACUUAAUAUCCUAAUGAUUUUUGGCAUAAAAGAAAAAUGUAUAAUUUUGACCCAUACAAUGUAUUUUUGGCUAUUGCUACAAAUAUACCCCAGCGACUUAAGACUGGUUUUGUGGUCCAGGGUCACACAUAUAUACACUAUCUAUAUAUAAAAAUGUAAAAUAAAGAAUACUGCCUAUUAUAUGCACUGAUUAUUUACUCAACUAAAUUCUCUGUAUUCCACUAUGCAAUGCACUUGAUCCUGACCUUAUAGUUUUAUUUUAAUGUAUAAUUAUCGAUUCAUUUGAUGCAGACGAAAGAUAAAAUGUCAGAACACAAAAUUGGAUAGAAUAUGAAGAAAACAAUAAGUUAAAUAACUGGGUGGCACACACUGAAAAAGACAUGCACAAAGUGAGGUAAAGAUUUUUUUUUUUUUUUUUUGCAGUGUUGUAGAAUGUAAUGUGUACUGUGCAGUAUGCAGUGAGCUAGUCCUCUAUUCUGAACACAGCCAUUCUUUGACCAGACAGCCAAGAGCAAAGACAUUUUACACUCAAUAACAUUAAGAAACAAAUGCAAAACUGUCAUUUAAGUCUAAUAUUAAUAAUGGACAUCAAGAAAUGCUUAAGUGUUUCAUUUGGCCCAUUCUGUAGAUGUAGAAGAGCGUGUACAUCCAAACCAUGACACAAAAUCAAUGCCGUGAUUCAAUCGGCAGUGCGACGGACGCAACGGACAGAGCCAAUAAACGCCAGGUCUGUGUUUCAAAAGCAAAGCUUUUUAUUGCAAGUAUUAGUGAAAGAUACACUCCAAACUGAAGCAAAGCAACACUAAAAGGCCAUUGAUCUACAAAGAGAGUAUUAUUAAACAAAGAAAGACAUUUCAAAGGAAAAGAAACGUCCCUUGGUACAUUAGAGAGACUCUUUGCGAACACGGAGAGAGAGAGAUGGGAGGACAGAGCCACGGAGAUCGCAACGGCUCAACUUUGGCUCUUUCGUUAAGCAUCGAGGAGCGCGCGAUGGAAGCCGCUGCCGCCGCCGCCCUCUGGUACCAAGAGACGCCAGACGUGAGCGACAGAAACGGAGGAUGGACAGACUCGCCGUACGUUUGCAUCGGAUGGUUCACAGUCCGUUUUUGGAAUGCUGGAGCUUUGCGUUGCAGUAAACCGUUUUGUAAACAUUUUUAGGAAUCGACUGAAAUCGGUCGGCGAUUUGGGUGCAACUUCGUCCGGCGCUCGAUGCCUCUGUCCUCCUGGAAAACGACAACAUGACCGUUUGAAAUACAGACAGCGGCCUCGUCUCCGAAUCUCCAAGUGUCUCGCGACAGUUAGUGGUUUAAAAGAGAACCGAGAUGCCGCACAGGGACUUAGUUAGUAUGCUUCUCUACGCACGAUGAAGGCCUUUUGACAGACGUCUCAAGUCGAAUUGAAAAAAAAAAAAAACAA